CGGUUAUUCUUAAAGUUUCCGUUUCCUGAUCAGUGAGUGACGCUGCAAUUGAUUGGCCUAAUAUCUAUGGCGUAAUAGAGCGUACCAACUGACAGCAGCUGGACCGUUAUUAAUAGUGGCCAAAACCUCCGGUUCUAACCGUUCCGGCUGCUUUGUAGCCAAUAGCGGGGCGCCGAAAAAAAGUUGGGGGAAUCUUAAUUGUCAGCAAUCCCUCCAUCAUCUCUAAUCCUUACCUUCAAUUUUAUUACGAAUAACCUCAAUCCCAUGGUCAAUUCUUAAUUGUUCAAUAGUGAACAAUUAACUGCCCACCAUGGCGUCCCCUUCUAUAUCCCUUCACCGAAUAAGCGCACCGGUCCGACGUGCUUUGACAAACACCUCUUUCACAACAACCCGGACCUACGCCACCAUCCCAACAAGCGGUCCGGAACCACCAACGGGCAAGACAAACCGUCGGCCUACCUACUUCAAAGACACAACCAUAGCCACCCUAGACGACUUUCUCCCCGGCUCCUCUCCACAAUCCACCUCCUUAUCCUCAACCGAAGCCUACCAACUGCGCACAGCCGAAGUCGGACCGGCCUCAAACCGACGCACCAUAACCCGGUUGCCAGAAUGGCUCAAGACGCCUAUCCCAGCCGGAAACGACAACUACAAAAAAAUAAAGCAAGACUUACGAGGGUUGGGCUUACACACGGUAUGCGAGGAGGCGCGGUGUCCGAAUAUAUCGGAAUGCUGGGGGGGGAAUAAUAAAAACGCGGCGACGGCGACCAUUAUGCUUAUGGGUGAUACGUGUACCCGCGGCUGCCGCUUCUGCAGCGUGAAAACGAAUCGUAAACCUCCUCCUCUCGAUCCGCAUGAACCCGAACAUGUCGCGGAAGCACUUGCGAGGUGGGGGUUAGGGUACGUGGUCCUGACGAAUGUCGAUCGCGAUGAUUUGGCCGAUGGGGGCGCGCAUCAUUUCGCGGAGACGAUUCGCAGGAUUAAGGCUAAGAAACCGGGACUGCUUGUUGAGGCGCUUACGGGGGAUUUCGCCGGGGAUAUGGAUAUGGUGGAGGUUGUUGCGAAUAGUGGACUCGAUGUGUAUGCGCAUAAUCUGGAGACGGUUGAGGGGCUUACACCGUAUGUACGGGAUCGGAGAGCGACGUUUAGAUUGAGUUUGCGUGUGCUGGAGCAUGUUAAGCAGGUCCGUGGUGAUCAGGGUAUUAUCACGAAGACUAGUCUUAUGCUUGGCCUUGGCGAGCAGGAGGACGAGGUCACAGAUGCGUUGAGGGAGUUACGGAAGAUUGGUGUGGAUGUGGUAACGUUUGGUCAGUAUAUGCGACCCACGAAGCGCCAUCUUAAGGUCGAGAAGUACGUUACUCCUGAGGAGUUCGAGAUGUGGCGACAGCGCGCGCUCGAUAUGGGGUUCUUGUAUGUGGCGAGUGGACCCCUAGUCCGAAGUAGCUACAAGGCAGGCGAGGACUUCAUUGAGAAUGUUCUCAAGAAGCGCGCUGGUGAGAAGGGAAUAGCGAGGGGCGUCCAGGGGAAGUUGGGCGAGACGAUCGCUAUGGAGGGCGCGUUGAAGGGUGAAAGUGCGUAAGGUACUAGAAAUAUUCGUAUGUUCAACAUGCAUAUGUACAUGUAUACCUACCGACAUAGUAUAUUAUGGGCAUCCGUUACUUCGAUUACAAGUAAUGGACGGCGUGGAUAUGGCGUAUCUAUUUAGAUUGGGCGGUUCCCUCUCCUA